ACAAUCUUUCCUAAACGCAAACAAAAUGGAUUAUUGUGAACUCGAAAAUGUCUGCAGUGGAAAAAACUACAAAACAGGACCAAAAUUCAGUCACGAUAUGAUUUUGUCAACUGUUUUUUUCCAUGAUUCUCGCCGAAAACGUCUUUCAAUAUUUGGAAAGAGGAGAUAUAUUUCAGUUUCGUUAUAUUAAUAAAAUAUGACGGAUUUAACUGCUUUAAAUAAUAGACAAGAUCAAGAACAUUUAAUAAACUGAUGCAGAAUUAGUAACGAAAAGUGAUAAAUAUGAUUCCAGCAGGACAAAGUAUCUAAUCCUAUAUCCUCAUCAUUUAACUAUAUGCUUCAGAUAUAUGACGCAACUAUCGAAGAAAAUAAUACUCAAGCCUCCAGAAGACGAUUUUGAAGCAACAGUGGAAUAGCUGAGCAAUAUCAUAUGUUGAAACUACUUACUCCCUCAUAUUCCUUGGAGAGUUCCACUGGAUUGAAUUGCUGAGAGAAAAAGAACCUUAAUUAUCAUGGAGGCGAAAUCAUCUAGAAACCGAAAGUAUUCUUCGAAAAAUGCUGAAGAUGCAUCAUCAAGCAAGUCUGGUGAAGCUGCAAAUUCACAACUGACUAACUCUGAGCCAAAUGACUAUAAGCAUUUUGAAAAAAAGCCAAGGACAUUUUCAUCAAAGAGCAGAGAUUUUAAAGAAACUGUUCAGUAUCAAGAUUUAGAAAGCUACACUUCUCAAAGACAUCAUUUCGUGGGAACUGGAUUAUACAAUACUGAUGAGAUUGAAGAUUUGCCUCCUCGGUAUCGUCAAAAAGUAUCAAAAUAUAUAGAUAAAGUGUCAAAUGUAGUGUCAUAUUUGUAUGAGAAAUUUCCAGAUGAGUUUGAUGUGACAAAAAACCCUGAAAUUAAAGAUAUUUUAGAAUUGAGUAAUCCUGAUACAAAUAAAAAAUUGCCAGGAAAAGUGCCUCCACAUUCAAAAAACCAUGCCCACCUCCAAAAUGGAGGACAAAGCAAUUUCCCUGAAAGUUUUAACAGGCAAUGUAGUGCUUCUAGUCAAAGCUUAAGUUGUAGGGAGGAAGCUUCCAAUAAUUCAUCCAAUAUUUCUCAAAGUAGUAAUAGAUGUGAUAUUGAUGUAAGAAAUGAUCGAUCUUCAUUACAAAAAAGCUCUAAAGCUGCUAAUGGUUUUCUUCAACCUUCACAUUCAGAAGACCAUGCUCAUCUGCAAAAUGAUAGGAGAAGUUCCAAUAUGAAAUCUGGCCGACAAAAUAGUUCUCAUAAACAGACUUUUAGCCAUAAUCGAGGAACUUCUAGUGAAUCACAUGAUAACUCAGAAAAUUGUCUUAAAGUCGGUAUUGAUACAGAGAAAAGUAAUGCCUCUGUGUCAUCAUCUAAAAGUUCAAAUAAUUCUGUCAAUUCUGCUCAUAAAGAUUUGCAUCAACCUUCGGUAUCUGGAGAUCCUGGGCAUAUACAAAAUAAAGCAAAAAACAGUUGUAAUAAAAAAUUUGAUAGAAAUGGCAAUGAGUGUGGUAGGAAUUUUAGUGUCAGAGAAGAACCAUUGAAGUCUUGUAAGAAAUCACAAAAUAGUAGUAGUAGUAAUCAUAAUGAAGAAAAAGAUCAACCAUCAUCACUAUCUAAAAGCUCUGAGAAAUAUAUUCAGGAAGCUUUGGAUCUAUCUAUACAUUCCAGACAUCCUGCAUAUUUACAAAAUAAAAAAGACAGCAAUUCCAAUAGAACAUUUAGCAGGCAAAAUAGUGCUUGUGAUAAGAACUUCGCUUAUAAAGAAGGGGCUUUCAGCAAGUCAUAUAAUAGCAUGCAAAAUAAUAGUCAAUAUAAUAAUGAUGUAGAAAAGGAUGAAUUGCAUGAAUCUUUACAUUCGGAAGAAUCUGUGAACUCACAGAAGGAAUCAAAAAACAAUUCCAAAAAACAUAACAGACAGUUCAGUGCUGGCAACAAAAGCUUCAGUCGUAAAAAGGGUAUUUUCAGUAAUUCAUGUAUUAAUUCACAAGAUAUUUGUACAGCUGAUACUGAUGUACAAAAAGAUAAAGUUCCUAUUUCUUCAUGUAAAGACCCAAAAGAUUCUGUUAAAACCUCUUAUGAUAGGCAUCUGCCUUCAUGUUCAGGAAAUUCUGUACCUGAUCGAAAGAAAGAGAACAGUAGUUCUAACGAAAAAUUUACUAAACAAAAUAGUGUUCAUAGUAGAGAUACCAACUGUAUAGUGGAAACAUCUCACAAUUCACUUAAUAAACCAGAAAUUAGUCGAACAGAUUCUUACAAAAAGAGACAUAAAUCUUUUGUACCACCUAAAAGUUCCACAGAUUCUAACCAUAUUCCUCAUGAAAAUCUUCAUCACAAUUCAUCUUAUCAUCAAAAUAAGUCACUAUCAUCUAAGAGCUUAAAUCAUUCUAGUGAAACUAUUUGUAAGGAUUUAAAAUUUGAUACAAGAACAACUCUUGUAGCAAGAAAUGACAAUGAAAAGGACAGCUAUGUGUCUCGUCCAAAUAUAAAGAAGGCUAAAGAGUCUGGAUUCUUUAUAAUUGUUAAUGUUUCGGAUAGAACAGAUGAUUUAGAAUACUGGACAGAAAUUUUCCGUGGUUUCUUAAAACACAACAGAUUUACUCUGGAAUUUUGUUGCAAAUUUUCUGAAUCUCUUGUUUUGAAUUUUGAGAGAAAAUCUGAUGCUUUGGAGGCUGUUCCUAUUCUUAAAAAGAAAAAAGAUGCUACAAAAAAUCUAAGAGACCUCCAUUUAACUCUUACAUCACGAUUAAAACAUCAUUUAACCAGACCAUGUGACUGUAGUGCUUCUAUGUUUCAAAAUUGCAAGAAAUAUUUUAAUGAUUUUGCACAAAAAUUUGUUCAAGAGCACAUAAGUAAAAUUUCUGAAGUUCAGAAGGAACUGAGAGCUUUAAAAAAUGUAAGAAAUAAAAAACAGAGCAAAGAAAUGUACUUAAGCUUGAAUGAAAAACUGGAUGUCUUAGAAAAAAUGCAAGAAGUUUUCAAAGCAUUUGUGGAUAUUUUGGAGGAGAAAUUAGCUUUGCAUGAAAAAUUUGCUACAAAAGGAACUUUAACUUUAAAAGAAAAAUUUAUUUUAAAAGAUGAAAAGUUUUUUGAAUUCACAAGUCAAGAAAGAGCAGCUUUGAGAGAAUUGCUGAAGUUAGAGAGAGAAUUUGAUGAAGGGAGAAAAUCUUUCAAGGAUAAAAGAGUUUUGGAAGAUAAAUUGAAUUCACAAGUAAAAUUGCCUACCUACUCUGUGUCGUUAGCUAUCCGUAAAUUAAAAAAAAUAUUUAGUUAUGAAUGCAACUCAUUUCGCCGAUGUUUGCCAGUAUAUUCUAAAAAAGGAGAUUUACUCGACUCAAUUCGAGAAUAUUCAGUUUUAGUUAUCAGUGCAGAAACGGGGUCUGGCAAAACUACACAAUUAGCAGAAUAUCUUCUUCAGUCUUCAUUCGCUGAUAGAGGUACCAUAAUUUGUACUCAGCCACGUAAAAUAGCAGCAGUCAGUGUUGCAAAUUUUGUUUGUGGACAGAUAGGAACUGCUGUUGGUAAACUGGUUGGUUAUGAUAUAGGUACAGAGAAGAAGUAUGAUAAUAAUACUAAAAUUAUAUACAUGACUGACUAUGCAUUAUUAAAAAAGCUCUUGCGUAAUAGAAAAUUGCGUGGAAUAUCUUGUGUUAUUAUAGAUGAAGCUCAUGAAAGAACUCUUUAUACAGAUCUAGUACUUGGAAUGCUAAAAGAUUGUAUAAGUGAAAGACUUGAUCUUAGACUUAUUGUAACAUCAGCUACUAUAGAUCCAUCCUUAUUUGUUCAACACUUUGGUGAACAUCAAACCAAAGUUAUCGAAGUUCCUGGAAGAACUUACCCAGUAGAAGUAGUUUGGUUACAAAAAGAUGUUGAGGUUGGAGAUGAUUAUGUCAAGGAAUGUGUAAGAACUGCUUUGAAAAUUCACCAAGAAGAAUCUGAUGGUAGUAUAUUGGUAUUCCUAACAUCACCUGGAGAAAUUGAUGAAGCCAUAAUGAUGUUUAAAGAUUGGUGCCCAGAACCAGAUCUUCCUGAACUUUUGUGUUUACAUGGUAAAUGUGAUUUACAAGAACAGCUUCUUGUUUUUCAGGCCAGUCAGGGUAAGCGAAAAGUAAUAUUUGCAACAAAUGCCGCUGAAACUUCAUUAACAAUUCCAGGCAUCAAGUAUGUUAUUGAUAGUGGAAGGGCAAAAGAAAUGGUUUAUUAUCCAGAAAAGAACAAAAGUUGCUUAUUAGUGGACUUUAUCAAUAAGAGCUCUGCAGAACAGCGCAAAGGUAGAGCAGGACGUACCCAACCUGGUGUUUGUUAUCGUAUGUACAGCAAAAGAAAUUAUGAAGAAAUGGAAUCCUCAUCAAAACCUGAAAUUUUAAGAACUAAUCUUCAAAAAGCUGUUCUUAAACUUUACCAGUUCGGUUUGGAACCAAGAAUAUUCAGUUUUGUCGAACCCCCUCCAAAGGAAGCACUUAUAAAAUCUCUUGAAUCCUUAGAACAUUUAGGUCUAAUAAAAGAGAACAAGCAGGGAUUUAGUCUAACAGAACUAGGGAAGAAAGUGGUAGAGAUCCCAACUGAACCACAUUUAGCAAAGCUUAUUUUAGAAGGUAUAAAAGCUGAAAUAGGUUAUGAAACUAUAAUAAUAGCUGCUCUUUUAAAUGAAGCCGGAAGAUUAUUUUUCAGAACUGAGGAUAUAAAAGAUAUUGCCGAUGAGAAAAAAAGGGUAUUUUGUCAAGAAGAUGGUGAUCUGUGCACAUAUUUAGAAGUUUAUAAACGUUGGCUUGAAAUAGCAAGACCUGAAAGGUACAAUUGGUGUGUGAAAAAUUAUGUGAAUUCUAAAGCUUUAAAUUCUGCUACAAAAUCAAUUCAGGAAGUUUUGAUUUCUCUUCACCAAGAACUUGGCAUUCGUGUAAGCAGACGUUAUAAUAAUUGUGCUUUUAAAUCUCAGUUUGAAAGAAUAGUAUUUAAUUGCUUCUCAGAAAAUUUGUGUACAUAUUCUGGACAUCCUAAACUGGGCUACUUUUCACCUCAUUUCACUGAAUCCUUAUUUAUUCAUCCAUCCUCUUCUUUGAGUUAUCUUAAGACAGAUUUGCCCAGCUUUCUUGUUUAUAGUGCUUUCAUGCAAACUACUCGAAAUUUUCUUCUUGAUGUGAUGCCUAUUAAAGAAGAGACCAUUAAACAAGCAGUCCUUGAAGGUACAUUUCAGUUGCAUCCAGAUUCCUUGAAAGGACUUCAACUUAUUCCAAAAACAUUAGGUCCCUUUGGGGAGUCAGUCUUAAUUAGGUACAUUCUUGGCAAAAGGGGAACAAAAAUCAACAAUUUAGAAUCACUUGUAGAGAGACUUACUCAUUGCAAGAAUUUUCAAAUUGAUGUUCGUGUAGAUAAGGGUGUGAUAGUUAUUUAUUUGUUAAAAAAGUAUCAUGAGACCGUAGCUCGCUUUAUAUAUGAAAUGGUGGAGGAAGCCCAUGAGGAUAUGAAAAACGAAGAAGAAACUGUGGAAAUAAAAGAUAGUUUUUCUUUCUUUUGCCUCGGAGCUGGAGGUUUAAUAAGUGAUAUCAUAAUGCCUGGGGAAUUCAAAGAAGUGGUUGUUGAACAUUUGCUAAAGUUGCAAUUUAAAAAGGUUGAAGAAUCAUUAAAAAGUUUUGGACCUCUGCAGCUGUUGCAGGUUACUGAUAUAGGGAAAAAUUCAUGCCGCAUUUCUGCAACCUAUGUAAAAGUGUCAAGUGCACAGAAAGCUAUGCUUGCUCUCAGUCAGCAGAAAGGCCUGAGAGUGAAAGCUAAUGCUCAUGUGCCUGCAGAUAGUGAAGAACCUAUGCCAAUGUAUAGAAUGGAAAUAAAAUGGUAUCGCUCUCCUGCUAUUGGUAGAGGUUGGGUUGAGUUCUAUUCUGAAUCUGAUUGUAUAACUGCUUCUGGAGGUUUAACAUCAUCAUCUUUUUAUAUAGGAGAUAAUUAUGUGCAAUUCACCCCUUCAAAUUCUGAAAAAGUACUAGAUAUGAAAAAUUUACCGAAUUUUGUUGAUGAGGAAAUGAUAAAAAAAGAAUUACACAAAAAGCUACCAGAUUUAAUAAAAAUUAGAAAUAUUCAUGUGAUGCGCAAGAGAGUUCCACGUGUCACAGAAAAAGAAAUGGAGUAUACCAAGGGUGAACUCAAGAAGCUAUUUAGUACAAAUACUGUGAUUGAUUUAAAGUAUCCAAAUCCUAGCAGUAACUUUUGGACUGCAAUUGUAUAUUUUAAGAAUUGGGAUGAAGGUGUUAAAGCUUUCAAAGAUUUGGAUGGUAAAGCUAAAAUUGACUCUGUUCCUCUACAAAUAAAAAUAAUUAAGGAAUCUCAUUUGCAGUGUAAAGUCCAGAUAUUUGAAGCUAUAAAAGAAGAAAUUCAGCGGAUAGAAAAAAAAUCUAAAGGAGCUAAAAUUUUUAUUAGAAAGAUUCCACAAAAUUCUGUUGUAGAUAUUGGAAUUUCAUGUACGGGCAUGCAGAAACUAUUUGAUAUUCAUUUUGAAAUUAUACAGUUGCUUACAGGAAAAAUCUUAAAUUGUUUUAAUGAAAAGUACAACUGUUUGUUUACAGCUAAUUCAGAGAAAGAAAUGAAAAACAUUGAAAGAAACACAAACACAGCAGUAGUUUUAGAUAGUACUCGAAAACAAAUAUCUAUUUUUGGUUCACUAGAAAACCGUUUGAAAGCCUAUAAUGAAAUUUGUUCUCUAGUAACAAAAAAAAUUCUAUCUAAAAAGGUAGUAUUCAACUUAAGUGAGACACCUGCUGGAUUUUUAAAGAAUUUGUAUUCUAAAUUUGGCUUGGAUUUAGGAGGUUUACGUUAUGAAUUCAAUUUAAAAUCAGCCAAAACUGAAGAUGGUAAGUUAAUUCUUGAAGGAACACGAACCUAUCUGGAUAAGGUUGAGCAUUUUCUAGAAAAAAUCUGUUCUGAACUUUAUGACCAAAAUCUGGAGGCCAAACCAGAUGCAGAUAAGGAAAUCUGUGCCAUAUGCUUGGAUCCUGUAACAUUUGAUUAUCAUCGACUGGAAAACUGUGGACAUGCAUUUUGCAAAGCUUGCCUUGUAUUACAAUUGGAAUCAAAGACUAUACCUUUGUGUUGCAUAAAACAGGAUUGUGGGAAGAAAUUUUAUUUAGUUGAUAUAAAAAAGCUUUUAUCCUAUGCUUCUGAAGAUACUAAGAAGAAUUUCUAUAAAGCUGCUCUUCAUUAUCAUGUCACACAAAAUCCUAAUGAGAUUGUGUAUUGCCCAUCUCCAGAUUGUAAUAGAGUGCACAGAAUGUCCUCUUCGAAAACGGGGCAGUUUUGUGUUGGCUGUAGGAAUGUGAUUUGUACACAAUGUAAAUCACUAUACCAUUAUGGAAUGUCUUGCGAGUUUUUCCAGAAAAGUGAUGGGGAUGAAUAUUUUCAAACAAAGUUAUGGAUGCAGGAGGAUAGAGAUAUGAGAAAGCAAUGCCCAUCUUGCCAUACUUUGAUUGAAAAAGAAAGUGGCUGUAAUCAUUUAGAGUGUGUAAAUUGCAAUACCCAUUUUUGUUGGUUGUGUUUGAGAAUUUUUCCAACAGGGCUAGAGGUUUAUGAUCAUCUUCCAUAUUGCCCCCAAAAUCAAAUUGCGAGAAAUUAGAAACCCCAUCUUUUUUGUUAGUUUUUAUUAAAAUUUCUGUUUUAAUUGCUUCAAGAUGGGACACUGAAUCAUUUUUCUAAUUUUAUUUUUGAAUAUAUAAUUCAGCCAGUUGUAAUGUUUUUCCUCUUGAUCAUUUUGUGCAUUUAUUGCAUGAAUAUUUGCAUUUAUCAAAUUCUACGUUGUCUACGAUUUAUGAAAGUUAUGUAAUGGAAUGAAUUUUGGUUAUGUUUCUUGAGUGAUUUUUGUCAUAUUUUCUUUGUUUAAUAAUAUUUCUAAAUACUCUUUUAUAAUAAUUGACAUUAAAUCAAAUGUUACAUCAUUUUGCUAUGAUUAUCUUGAGUAAUUGUAAGACACAAUCUAUGCAAUUCUUUCGCUCUUAAGCACUGCACUGAAAUACAAUAAAUGUCU